AUGUCGUCAAAUCUAGUAUCGGAACUCGCUUCGACGAUCCAGUCCGCCUCGAUCAAACGCAACCCGUCGCCCGCGCACGAUGUGAACCCAUCGACGGCAGCCUCGGAGAAGAUCCCGGCCGUGGUGGAAUCACCCUCACUCCAAAAGGCACGGUCACGGCCACGAUCGCAUUCUCCUCCUGCCCGUCUUCCCUUGUCUCGCUCGCAAUCGCUCGACUCAGCCACGAGUUCCGAGUCGACAUCCACCAUCCCCAGCGACAUCAUCCACCCGCGCCGACGGCGGAAGUCGUUCCCUCCAAUCCCCGACUUCCGCUUCGAGCAAUCCUACCUGGCGAGCAUCAAGAAUGCCGACACGAAUUGGAGAGUCGCCUUCAUUACCAUCCGAGACCAGGUCUUCCUGCCGCUGGUCCAGGGUAUAGUGUGGAACAUGCUCAUGAUGGGGUGGCGGCAUUGGAAUCGUGGCAGCAAGUUCCAGGGGAGGACGCUUGGGGCUAGGCUGCGGAAAUGGUGGUGGGGCGUGAAUAACUGGAAGAUGCCUGCUGGCACGGAGGCCGAUGCUCGACGCGAUGCUAAGGUUCUAAAAAAGGCCGAAGAUUUUUUCGUCGACUGCUUCGGCACUUCUCUGGGCGACUGA